CAGAGAGCAACUCAGAAAGGGAACACCAGAGAGAGACCUCAUUCACUUCAAGCACAGCUGACAAAAAGCCCACAAAGUGCACUGCGGCAUUCUGGCAGAUAUGACUUCAUUACAGGCUGGACAAAGACCCCUCUCCCUCUCUGCCAAUGUGGUGAUGGCCUCCACUGCUUUUUUAAAAGACACAGGCUGCACAGGCACCCUGCGCCUCCUCCUGUUAGGACUACUUCUGCCAUCAGUAUUAGUGUCAGGCCAAAGUCCCACUGCUUCCUCUUCGAUGCCCUCCACUUCCAUGACUGCACCAACCACCACCUCCCAACCCCCUGCAGCCACCACCUCCGGAAGCACUAUCAUGCAGGCUUCCAUCUCUACUAACUCUGGACCCACAACACCCUCAACCACCAUACAGCCCUCUACGACAACCAACGGUGGCCCAGCGACCCCCACUGCCCAGUCUGCCACCUCCACCACAGUUGGAGGUACAGAAAAUACUGCCGUCACCCAGUCUCUCACAGACACAGCAACCUCUGGAGGCAUAGCAACCACCACUAUCACCCAGUCACCCAUAACCACAAUAACAUCUGGAGGCACAGCAACAACCACUUUCACUCAAUCACCCUCAGCCUCUAGCACCUCCGAGGGCACAGCAACCACCACCAUCCAGUCUCCCACAAACACAGCAACCUCCGGAGGCACAGCAACCACCACCAUCCAGUCUCCCACAAACACAGCAACCUCCGGAGGCACAGCAACAACCACUUUCACUCAAUCACCCUCAGCCUCUAGCACCUCCGAAGGCACAGCAACCACCACCACCCAGUCUCCCACAAACACAGCAACCUCCGGAGGCACAGCAACCACCACCACCCAGUCUCCCACAAACACAGCAACCUCUGGAGGAACAGCAACCACCACCAUCCAGUCUCCCACAAACACAGCAACCUCCAGAGUCACAGCAACCACCACUACCCAGUCUCCCGCAACCACAGCAACCUCCAGAGGAACAGUAACCAACAUUUUCACCCAGUCAUCCUCAGCCUCUAGCUCCUCUGAAGGCACAGCAACCACAACCAUCCAGUCCCCCAUAACCACAGCAACCUUCGGAGUCACAGCAACCACCACCAUCCAAUCUUUCACAACCACAACAACCUCCGGAGGAACAGUAACCAACACUUUCACCCAGUUAUCCUCAGCCCCUAGCACCUCUGGAGGCACAGCCACUACCACCAUCCAGUCCCCAACAGCCACAGCAACCUCGGGGGGGUCAGCAGUCACCACACAGUCUGGCACCAGCACAACAACCACUGCCAAUUCUGCAUCUUCAACUUUAACCAUUGAUUAUAAUUAUUCAAGAACCACAUCUGCCUCCUCUACAGUUAGUUCAGCAACGAUGAACCAGCCCACCAUGACCCAAUCCAGCCCCUCCAUGCCCAAGUCCAGCCCCACUAUGCCCAAGUCCAGCCCCGCCAUGUCCAAGACCAGCCCUGCCAUGCCCAAGACCAGCCCCACCAUGACUUCUAGUCCUGGUUCCAUGGCCUCAAUGAUGACCACUGCCACUGGUGGUAUGCCUGGUAUGAAUAAUAAUGGAACCAGUAUGAUUUACUGCCCCUCAUUCAUGUGUAACUACUCAGACUGCUAUACAAUGUACAACAGUCAGAAUGCCACUUCAUGUGCUGCUGGUGACUUUUGUCAGGUAGGUAGGAAAAUGACACCGGCAAAACCUUGA